AGGGUCAAGUUUAUAAAUAAAAAUACAGUUCACAAUUCUCCAAGUGAGAUUAUAAUAAUAUUAAACGAAAAUCGUAUGCUUGCUUCGGAGAAGAGGCAAAGAAUCUGAUUCGAGUUUUGAACAACUCUGCUGCUCAAGAGCUAUCUCUUCGCUCUCAUCAUCCCUCACUUCUCUGUCUUUACUCAAUCCUUGGUGGGUGCAUUGUUCAUUGCUGAGGUUUUUGUUAUCUGGGGGAAUAGUAGAUUGCAUAAUAUAUAAAAGUCUCUCUCUCUGUUAUUAUGGAUACCAAAGCUAAUAAGCAGAGACCAGCCAAGCUCUCUGUUUACCUUUACAUUCCCAAUAUUGUUGGGUACAUGAGAGUUGUCUUGAAUUGCAUUGCCUUUGCUGUGUGCUUCUCCAACAAGACUCUCUUCUCCCUCUUGUACUUUUUCAGUUUUUGUUGUGAUGCUGUUGAUGGAUGGUGCGCUCGUAAAUUCAACCAAGUUUCUACAUUUGGAGCUGUUCUUGAUAUGGUCACAGACAGAGUCAGCACAGCGUGUCUACUUGUGAUUCUCUCCCAAAUCUACAGGCCUAGCUUGGUUUUCCUCUCACUGUUGGCCUUAGAUAUUGCUAGUCACUGGCUCCAAAUGUACAGUACAUUUCUAUCAGGAAAGACCAGCCAUAAGGAUGUGAAAGAUAGCACGAGCUGGCUGUUUAGACUAUACUAUGGAAACCGGAUGUUCAUGGGCUAUUGCUGUGUCUCCUGCGAGGUUCUUUACAUAAUACUCUUUCUUAUAGCAAAGAACCAUACUGAAAAUCUGAUGAACGUGGUAGUUGAAUCAUUGACUCAGUUUUCACCGCUAUCUUUACUCUUGGCUUUGAGUAUAUUUGGUUGGUCGAUCAAGCAGAUCAUCAAUGUGAUUCAGAUGAAAACAGCUGCAGAUGUUUGUGUCCUGUAUGACAUAGAGAAGCAGCAUAGGCCCUGAGGUCUCUGCUCUUUGAAUCGUGUUUGUUUUCUUUAAAAGACCUGUUUUAUUGCAUGUUGUGUUUGCACUGUGUACAUAUGGAUGCAUCUAGUGGAUGUAGAUAUACCCUUGUCUUGCCUUUGUUUUCUAUGAGAUGAAAAGAUAUUUCAUUGCAAUCUCGGAGCUGGAUCUUUUAACUAUUAUCGCAGAAGCACUUAAUUUACUCAUGUUUUUGAAUAAAUACAAAUAUCAAUGUUUUUGUUCAAAAGAGCUUCUCCAACACAGAUUCUCCAUCAAACUUGUCUACUUUGGAGCUCAGAAACGCCAAGCUUUUCUCCAACCGUGCUCUCUUCAUCUCCAAAUCUCCCAAACGCCCUGCCGUCUCCGUUAACCCUUGACGGAAACUUUUCACCUCGUUCUCCUUCCAUCUCACCUCUUUCAGUAACUUCUCCAUCUCUUCUCUCCCAAGUAAAGCAUCUCUCUCACACAUCCCUUUCUCCUCCACCGUCGUCUUAUGUCGCUCAUAGCAUCUGGCCGCUUCAAGAAUCUCGUUUAAAGCCUCCCUUAUCCAACCGGCUUUGAUUUUGACUGACUCCAAGUCUUGAACAACCGCUAGCAUUUCCAAGACGUGCGUCUCCUUUAGUUGCUUCAGAGGCGUAGACUGGAGUUGGAGAACCACUGAGGCUAGCGUUUCCAGGAAGUAAGAUCUCGUGGGAAGCGACUCAAGCUUUGAACUGGACGCUAUGUCUCCAUGCUUGUCCAAUAUUUUCUGCAGAGUGUCCGAGACGCUCUUUCUCACCUUGUAGCUUCCUACAGAGACGUACGACUCUGACAUCAUGGACUGCGUUCUCUCCCCUGUUAAGCUCUUGCAUUCGUUAGACAGCUCAUUGGAGACCGAACUCGUUUUAUUACCAUGAUUUUUGGUGGCUUGGGGAGAUAUUUGAGCAGCAGAAUGAUAGAUAUCACCAAUGAUUGGUUGAGUUUGGGGGAUCCUUAACCCUGGUCUUGAGUUUCUUGCCUUGUGAUCUGGUAGCCUCGCUCUGUAUUCUUCAGCCUUUGGCCUGAUUUCUGGUGUGUCUGGCGUCUCAGGUGACAUGAGGAAGCCAGUACUGUACUGAGUUUGUGGGAUCCUAGAGUCUUUUCCUUGAGGCUCUGGAGUCUUAGACCGAUGCCUUGUUUCCCUAUAUUCUGGUGACCUAGCUCUACGUUCUGCAGUCCGUGGCCUAGGUCGUAGAGACACAUGCGCAUGUUCAGGUGUCCUUGGUCCAUAAUUAGUGAUACUGGACCGGUGUUCAGGCGUUCUAGGUCUAGUCUCUAGUGCAAUGCUAUUAUCAGUGGUCUUAGGCCUAGAAUCAGGGGUGCGAGGCAUGUGUUGAUGUGUCCUAAGAGGAUGUUCAGGUGUCUUAGGCCUAGUCCUAGGUGUAAUUUCAAUGUCUAGACCAUUAUGAAUCAGCGCACGGUGAUCAAACUGCAGAGAGGAAACAUGAGACUCUCACCAAAAAGAUAUACACUAAACAAAGAGGAGUGAUAGCACAGAGACAGAGAAUAAAUGCUCACAUUUGAUGCAAAAGAAUCUUUCUUGCAGUACACAGCGAGAGAAGGCGACAUUGGGAGCCAAUUUAUAACUGAUUCAGACUUGUUUCCAUGUAGAGGAGAAGGCGGUCUGGACAGGUUUACGUUGAAGGUAUCAUCAGAGGAUGAGCAUGAAGGAGACUCUGAUGCGACCAUCUUCUUAGCGUAAUAACUCAGAAGUGGCCAUCUAUUUUCCGCAACAACACGAACCGGACUGAUAGGAUGACUUUCCUUUCUCCAAGCUGGCUUACCAAAGCCUUGCACAAAAGACAAGUUCUAGUGAUUCUUUUAAGCAAAAUAUCAGCAAUCAAGAUGAUAACCUUCUUACCAAAUGACUUCUUCUCCUUCUUGGGGACACCUCUAGAGUUGAUCCGCUCGAAACAUCGAUCACUGCACUCAUGGUAGGGGUUGCCUGCGUUGGGACAAUUAUGAUAUAAUUUUCCAGACAUUUCACUUCUCUCUCACACAGAUCUAAUAAAGAGGAGAAAUUCUUAUAAAAUUGAAGCUUUCAUCCAAAACAGGAAAUAAGCAAACAAGUUUUAACUCCAAGAGACAGAGUCUAACAUUUUGAGAAAGAGGUGUGAUUCUGAUAAAAAAAUAAAUAGCUCUGAGAAGACAAG